AUGGUCCUCCCCGACAUUUCCUCCCUUAAUAUCAAUACAGGUGGAAGCCCCGACACCGCUAAUGGUACUGGAGUCUUCACACCGGAGGAUAUACGCAACACGCAAGGGGAUCGGUACAUGGAGAAAUUGAAGCAAUAUGCCAAGUCGCUCCCCUACUCGAUUGAACCUCAUUCGAAGAUGAUUGAAAUGCUCGACUUCAUAUUGUUGCGAAUUACUCAGAGUGUCGAAGCGAAGGACUUCGACGUUGGUUUCAUGCAGUGGGAUAGCAUGUUGACCUACUGGUUGAUGUUGAAGUACCCUAUGCCAAAGGAUAGACGCAUUCGCAUCGCGAAACUAUAUUUCUAUCUCAGCAUUGUUCCUGGCAUGUCCACGCAGUUGAUCGCCACUUGCGCUGAUGGAUUCAAAGUGUUGACGAGGUCGAAGCACAAGAUUACCAUCGACGACAUGAGGCUACCAUGGAAGCCCAUCUAUGAUAUCCUUAGUCAAGAUUUAUUUCUGACGAGGCGGCAGUUUGAAUACACUCAAUUGUCGUGGUGCAUGGGUUACAUUGCUGACAACUCACGUAAAUUCUUCCAUCCUGCCACGAUCAACGAAAUGCUUUCAACAUUUCUGCCUCAGGUUGACGGCACGAAACUCGAUAGCAUUCUCGCGUGUCAGUUCUACCUCAUGACAUUCCUGCCGCUAAGCCAUCCCCAAUACUAUCUGCCCAUGUUAUUUCGCAUGUGGGAGUCUAUCAACUCCUACAUGUAUGACGAACGCAUGUUGCAUUUUCUAUCCAAGUUAACAGAAAAACACACCAAUCCAGAAGUCAGCAAUCCGAAGAGGAUCACGGAAAUUCCAGAUGAUGAGAGGUCUGAAGGAGAAGGGCGACCCGACUGGUCGGAUGAUCACCUUGCAGGUCCUCGCGGCUCGUGGCCCGGACUUUACAAAGAUGUUGGAAUCUUUACAGAACAUGAGUGGAAUUUCCUGAUGUGUAAAUGCCUUGCCUCCAUGGAAAUACCACUUGCAGACGGUGGUUCUCUUACAACAGGCCCUUCUGCCGACAAUCAGGCUGGCUUUGAGAUUGGUCGCCUGCCCAAGCCAACAUGGCGGAUUCCUUCUCUCGCAAGAAUCAUCGUGUAUUCGAUGGCACCAGAUGGCGCACCGGUGCCCCCGUCUAACGCGCCGACACCUGUUUUCUCUCCAUUGCCUUCUGGCGUCAGUACCCCGCAUCACGGUAGCAGUAGCGCCGGCGACUAUCUCUCGGCUCCGUUGACGAAGAAGGUGCAUCUGAUGGCGCAGAGAUCUUAUCUUGCCGGCUCAAGAGCCUUAGACUCACUGGCUAGAAUGAUUGCCUCGACCGAAAGUUUCUUUCACCCGUCAAAUUCAGGUUCGUGGACGGCUGACCUGACGGCUUUCAUCAAAUAUAUCGUCUACGACUUCAAUAAGCGGUGGCAUGAAGAGCAAGGCCCAAAUUGCAAGAUUCCAAUGAGUCGGCGUUUGACGAAAAUGAUGAAACGAGAACUAGUCAAGUCGCUUCGCACUGUUACUCUUCUGGCGAUGUUCUCCCAAGAUUCAACAACUGUGGCGAAUAUCCAAAGUGCCCUGAAGUCGAUGAGCAUCAUGGAGCCGGAUCUCAUCUUGCAUCCGAUCUUGGAGCGCGCAGUUCCUUCCCUAGAAGCACUUGUCGAGACUCAGAGAACAAUCGCGGUUAUUAAGGCACUCGGAGCCGUUGCACCUGCUAUCGUUUCUCGUGACGUAUACUAUCCUGGAGCUAAGAAUCUAGUGCCCAUCCUGCAGCUGCUUAUUCCCGGAAUAGAUCUCAAUGACCCCUCGAAGACGCUCUGCACAACUUCUUUCCUCAUCGAAAUAUCUCAAUAUGUCAAGAUCGGGGACUUGACAGCGUAUGAAGAGCCAACUGGCCAUCAACUGGAUUCGGAACCCACCCUUCCAACUGCCGGACAUCCCGUUUCGUUACCCUCUUUCCCACUUGAUGACAUAGAAGCACCACCUCCGGAGCUAGGCCCAAGGCUGACGGAUGAAGAAGAGGACGCCUUGCUCAGGGAUUCUACCGGCGAUUUUCCUGACUGGAUUGCAAGUUUCGUCCGCAGAGUCAUUCAGCUGCUGGAAAAUCUUCCAGAGGAGGGCCCGAAUGGUAGUGCAGGUGGUGCCAGUGAAGUGCAGGUUGUUGAUUCCGUCACAAACGCUUGCAGCCAGAUAUGCGUUCAUCUUUCUGAGCCGUUAUAUGAUAUGGUGCUCAACAUGGUAUAUGACUACGCGAGCACCAGCGUCCGCACGAAUGCGGUUCGAGCCAUCCAUCAACUUGUUGAAUGUGUCGCAAAUGCUGAUCCUGAGAAAACUCUCGCGAGGUUCUUCCCUUUGUGCGCAAAAAACAUUCGGAUAGAACUCGAAAAUGGGGCAAGUUCGUUGAGAACGACCUCGUCUUCAACCCCUAUCCCAUCUGAUGCCACCUUGCAUUGGAACUUGGCAAUUUUACGAGGAGCAGUCUACAAUGAUGGUCGGGCGAUUCUUCCAUACGAAGACGAACUGAUGUCUUUGAUCCAUCUACUUCACGAGAAGGCACUCUCAAAGAGGGGUUAUUCCUGGACAGGAAAACUUCUUUCUAGCCUAUUGCUUACUCUGAGUCAUACCUAUCCUCUCGAAAACAAGUUUAUCAACCCGGAUGAAUGGUCAAGCGAAGAAUUUAAGAAGAGCCAUCAUCGUCAUUGGGGCAAAUUGUUUGCGCCGCACGAGGUGACGAUUGCGUGGCAUGUGCCCAAUAGCAGAGAGCUGGAUUUCGCCCUUCGAAUUUUCCGGGAACUUGUUGAACCUACAUUAACCUUGCUGGAAGGGCUUCUUAAACCCGGUAUUGUCCGAGAUGCGAUUUGGCGUAGUGACUUCUGUCGGCACUUAACUCUCGUCCGCAACAUCUUUGCUGGUGCACCAACUCUGAUCAAAGAGACGAUGACGCAGCAGGACAUUUUGGAAGCAACACUGACUAGUGAUAUUCUUGAAGAAGUGCCAGAAAUGAUCGCUUCUGUUACUCCCCUGAGUUGUGGUUUUGCCCUACCAGACCCUGCCGAUCCUAGACAUCAAUAUGCUCUUGGCGUUAAGCAUCGGUUUGGCAGAUUUUUGCACAAUGCCUCCGUGGUGUUGCGCCAACAGGGAGAGGAGAACACCGUCGAUGCUGUCCAGAUGCUUGUCAGAUCGAUUCGGACAUACAUGAUGGAAUAUGGGGAUAGCAGAGAUAGCUAUUAUGUGAAUGAAGACCAGUACACGCAGGAGAAAAAUGUCGCUCGCCAAUAUGCUGGACAGAAGGUUUGGCCUCGAGCUGUUUAUGUUAGACGAGCGCGGUGGUACAAUUCAGCACGUCUCCGAUGGAAUUCCAUUGAACGCAAGAGAGGGCCCACUGAAGAUCUUUUAAUUGACGAUCUCGUUGAAUGGUCCAUGUGGCACUAUCCCGUUGUACGCCAAUCUAGCCAAUCAUAUCUUGAUUCGAUUUGUUCUGUCUAUGAUGGCGUGCGACGACGGGCCCUUCCUGUUCUAGCAGAGGCGUUGAAGCCAGGCACAGACGAUGAUCGCAUGAAGGGCGCUCUGUGGACACUCAACCUAUCCUCAUUUGGGAAAUAUGCAAUUUCUGAACCCACCCUUGCCAAUGACCUCGUCUCAAGGUUGUUCGGGUGCCAGCAACAUGAAAAGCCUUCUAUACAAGAUUGUGUCUCAACGGUGUUCGAGAAUUGCCUCAAUAACUUUGUCGAGCCCAACCAAAUCGUAUAUAAUGUGCCCAUGCCAUCUGUGGAUCUAGCCAUCGUCCGCCUGAAGAAUCUGCUACACAUUGAUGCGAAGGAGAAGAUCGUUGCGGCCAAAACUCGUGAAAAACGAAUUCAUCGUGUCAAGAUUUGUGACGAAGCAAUCCACACUAUUAAUCGAAAUAUCCUUGAAAUCGGAAAUUCGUCUAGGACUCACUGGAGAUACUCGAUUUAUGCCGUCCGAUGCUUACGAACACUUGUUCGUCGAGACCUUCCAUUGAGUUCGGAACAGAUCGAGUAUUUCCUGGAGAAAGUUCACGAAGACCACCCAACUAUUCGUUAUUAUGCCCAGCGGGCUGUUAUGAAAAGCCUCAGAAAUAUCAAAUUGCGCACGUUCUGUACCAACGCUAUUGACCUGGCCCUUAUGCGAAGCCAUAACCCACUACAACGUUGGGUCAAGACCAUGCCUUCGCCUCACACAACGAGGGACUUCUUGCACCAGUACAAAGUGCCAGUGGACUUGCACUCAUCUAAACAGAAGCCCGUCUUUUACGACAAAAAUCCCCCGGGUUGGCUCGUCUGGAACGAUACAAUCGCCAUGUAUACUCAACCUCAUCCAUCGAAGUCGACCUUCCAGCCAUGGGAAGCAGCGAGCGCUGACGCCAUUGAAACCAUUCGCAAAAUUACCACCACCUCCGACUUUUGGGAAAGCGUCUCGACAUAUUAUUCAGAAGAGAAUCAUGAGACUUCAGUCACUCAAGACAAUGUCUCCUGCGUGAAAUCCAUCUUCCAACUUCUUGAGGACGAGCCUUUUGAAGUUUUCAAGCCUGUCGUCGAGCGCCUCAUUACGGACAAAGAUCAAAAUAAGCAACGAGCUGCUGCAGAAUUCCUGGCGGGCAUCUUAGGAGGUUCCAAGCAUUGGCCAAACCAGAAGCAAGAGGCUCUCUGGAAGUGGUUCACGCCCAAGAUACCAAUCAUUCUUCGGCAGAACGUCAAAUCGGACACCCUCACAAUCUGGACCUCUUUCCUUGAGUAUGUCUUUUAUCACAAAGACCCUCGUCGUGUCCAGCCUAUAGUUGAUUUCCUCAUCGAUUCGUUCACCAAUCUGGAUUUCAAUGCUGAGCUGUCCUUUGAUGCCGUAAAAGUGACUUCGUUGUUCCGAGCCUUCUUUGAAGAACUAGGACGAAAAUUCACUGCGUGGACAGACAUGACGGUCCAAAGAUCGUGGUCUGAGAUCCAUGGCGAGCAUGACGAUGUUCGAGCUUUCGUUGGUGAAAUUCUAACAUUUUCGCAGAACAUGGAGUGGCGCCCCAGGCCUUCGGUACCAACGGUUGAGGUCUUCGUAAAAGAGUGUCAUACCAUGCCGAUUGAACACGAUAUAAUGGGCAUGCGAGGGAGCUAUCAUACUCCGCGAGUAGUUGAAUUGGUGGACAAGUUCAAAGAAUGGCGCGCGGCUCGGAUUCCUGGUGUCCGUGCAUUCCAGUCUAAAUAUGACAGGGUUGGAAUUACGGUCUGCAAAUGGCUGUAUCAAGCACUCCAUGAUCUACACGCGAUAUCUACUUUCGACUAUAUUUUGCCACUCAUGCCUGAACUCUUCCGUUUCACCGAAGUGAAUGAUAAUAAUGACCUAGCCGCCCGUGCGAGCGUCUUGCUUGUUCGCAUGUGUGGAGUUACGCCACCAGUUUCUCUCAUCUACCCGAUCUUAGACGCUAUCUUUGAGGCAAUUCAAAAUUCACCGUCGUGGAGAGUCAGACUCAAAGCACUCCCACUCAUUCAAGUGUUUUAUUUUAGGCAUAUUCCUUUGAUUAGUGAAAUAAGAAUCGUGGAAAUCUUGGAGGUUCUAUGUCGAUGCCUGGAUGAUGAGAUAGUUGAGGUCCGAGAAAUGGCGGCUACAACGUUGUCAGGGAUAUUACGAUUAUCGCCGAGGCGUAGUGUCCUUACGCUGAAGGAACGAUUUACGCGUCUACUCAAGAAUAGCUACGUCCCCAUGAGGCAGGACCCCAACUACAAUAAAGCCAUUCGACAACGCCAUGCCGCUAUUUUAGGGAUUUGUGCCCUGGUUGACAGCUACCCUUACACCGUUGAGAAAUGGAUGCCUGAAUUGCUCACGAACAUCCUGGCCGAGCAUACAUAUGACCCGAUUCCCAUAUCGACGACAGUCCGCAAAUGUGCCAGCAACUUCAAGCGAACGCAUCAAGAUACGUGGCAUGAAGAUUGCAAACGCUUCAAUGAAGACCAACUCGCAGCUUUAUCUACCCUUUUGACGGGAUCUUCUUAUUGUAUGUCUUUGAACACCCUGUGA